GAAUUUCCUCCUCUCCAUUCAAAUGUUUGUAUGAGUGCAAGAGCGAAACUGUUAAACAGUCGCAACGUUAGAAAGAGGAAGCAACAUGAAGAUGCACAUUUCAACGAUGGUGAUAUUAGCAGGUUGCAUAAUAUGUGGAGGCAUUACUGAUAUCUCAUCCACCACAACACCAUCUGAAUUAUCCACAAAUGCAGCAACAUCUUUUGCAACGACAGAGUCUCAUUUAUCGACAUCACCUCCGGUGUCAAACCCAGCAUCAGCCGAUGCCAUUGUGGGACAAACAACAAAUGAAUCUACUAUGGUUGGCAAUAAUAAAACAACUGAAAUGCCAUCAACAGUGAAUUCCACCACGACCACUUCAAACUCAACUUCAGCCCCAUCAAAUUCAACCACCAGCAUUAAUUCUACCUCUUCAACAAUUACGAUCACCAGCUCACCCAAUGUGACCAAUGCAUCGACCACACUCACAUUGAGUCCAGUGACUGAAACUCAAAGCUUGAAGACUGAAAGUUCUGUCGUCACUAUGGCAAGAAAAUCUUCUGCGAGUCUUACCUUGAAUACAACUACGCAAACUACUGUACAAGUUACUACUAGUGUCAAAAGUACAACUAGGCCUACUACAACGAUGACUACAACCAAACUGGUGCCCUAUACUUCUAAAGCGUCAGCAUCAACUAAGCCGCCAUCGUCAACCAAAAACCCAUUAACAACCGAAAGGCAACAAAAAACCAUGGUAAAGAAGGAUCCAGACGCCCUGAGCUCAGGAAGUGUAGCUGCCAUCGUCAUUGGCUUCAUUGCCAUUGUGCUAAUUUUACUUGGUGGAGCAUACUACUUCAAAAUGCGACGGACUACUUAUGGACGCCUUUUGGAUGACACCGAUCACAGCUCAAUGGGGAAUUUUCUCAACCCAAUGUAUGAUGGCUAAAUGGGGAAGUAUUUAUGUGUAACAACUGAUUGAUUCAUUUCCGAGAAAGAACCUAUGAUGUCUUUCUUAAGUAAUGAAUGUAGGAACAUCAGAUUCUGUAUUAUACCCCCAAAAUAUCCACUUCAGACUGAAUAUAGAUAAAUACACUGAUCAGAACCAUUAAGAAGUCUCAGAAUGUUGGCAAGACUAAUUGUUUCUAUAAGUAUUCAAAGUCAAGUUUGGUGUGAAUUUUAAAGUAGUUUCCAAGAAAUGUGUUUUUUGUUUUUUUGUUUUUGUGAAAUGUAAUCUUGAAAUUCAUUAACCAUAUUGUUGACUGAUUGUUGGUUUUGCACAUAAUGCAAAGAAUUAUUUUUUUAUUUUAUUUAAAGACCCCAAUGAAAGCAAAAAGUUUUGUGGCUAGUGCUAGUGAACUCCUAAAAAUUAACAGAACAAACUUUUAUCAUAUACAGUAUAGGAAUUUAAAAUGUAUAUUUUAUUUGUUCCGGGAAAACAGACCAAAAAUAUUAAUGACUCAUCCUGCACUGACAGGCGUAUAAAAAUUUUGGACCACUAAAAUUCUAUCUACACUGUAAAAAAAUAAAAUAAAUGUUAUUUAUAUAUAUAUAUAUAUAUAUAUAUAUAUAUUGUUUCAACUUAAAAAUUAAGUGUCUGUGCUGCCUUAAAUUUUACGUUUUGUCAACAUGAGAUGUAAAAUUCUUAAAAAGAGUAUACAGUUGAUUUAAAUGAAUAUACGUAACUUGUUACAUGAGCAUAAUGUCUUUAAGUAUACUUGACUUUUUAGUUCAAUCAGCUAACAGCUAAUAAAUAAAUCUUAUUGAUGACCAUAGCAAUAGUUACUCUAUAAUAAUCUCAUUGUCUGAAAUGAAUUUGUUGGCUGAUGGCCAGCAAUUAAUAAGAGAGCAUCAUCUGAUGCUUUCGUAUUCAACCAUGAGAUUGUCAGGCAAUAGCCCCGUUCACACAUGCACCAGGUAAAUUACAGGAAAAUCAUUGAAUUGCCUUUACUGGUAAAUGUACCAAAUGUGCUGUUCACACAGACCAUCAAUAAGGAAAUUUAGCAGUAAUGAUACAACUUCGCACUAAGAAAAAUUGUCAGAGCAAAAUUUACCAGUAUUUUCAAAAGGGACGUGUUCACACAUGACUUCUAAACUGGAAAUUGUAGUUCAUUUUCUGGAAAAGGCUAUAUGUGUGAACAUUACUAUAGACUCAUUGGUCUUUAAUACUUUAUACGCAAAUCACAGUGAUGGUGACAAUCAAAAAACAUCCCAUUAAGUAAAAAGAUGAGCUCUAAAUUAUUUCUAUAUGACAAAUAACUGAGAAUGACAACAAACACAACAGCAAACAGCAUAAAUAAAAGAAGCAAAAAAAAGACAGAAACACUGCAAUUUGCAUACUUUAUCCAUGCUGCAGUGCAUGCUGGGAAUCCAAAUUCUUGAAUGUGAUGUGUGUAGGCUUGGGAUUGAUGCCUUUUUCACGCAUCGAUAAUCGGAAGAUUUUCCCUAUGAUUAUCGAUAUGUAUCAGGAUUUUUUUCAGAAGAGUCUUUGUCUUUUUUGAAAAAUAUUUCUCAAUACAACUUUAAUAAAAUGUGAGAGGCAGGGUAAAUUAAAAGGUACCGCACACCGGACACGUUUGGUGGAUGACAUGACGUGUUCUAAAAUUAGAAACAAUUGUUUAUUUUCUACAAAGGUACGAACACAUCACCAGUGUUCAGCGUCAACAUUCUGCAGCGCCACAGAGUGCAACUCGCAUAGUUUUCCAGCAUUAAAUUGGACACAAAUUAUUAUGAAAGGACAAAGAUUGUUUACUCCAGUCAUCACUGGAUGAUCUAUUGUGAACAUGUAUAUUUCAUAGAGCAUGCACAACGUAUUUUCAGUUACAGAUAUGUAGUUUUGUGGUUUGACUGCUUGAAACUGCAUAAUAAACGUUGUCAGGGGCGGCAAUCGUUUUAAAAGUGGGGGGGCACAGCUGUCAGUAGGUGGCUCGCACAGACCCAAAACUUACAGAGCAGUAUUAAAAUAUUACAGUAUAUAUUAAUAUUUAAGUAUGAUAUAAGUAUUAUAUUCAUCUAUACAUAUCAUUUACUUUUUAUAUUUGUAGUAUUUUAAAGAUUCAAGUAUUGCAAAAUCAUUAUUGCAAAAUCAUUGCACCAUUUUGCCAAAUUAGCUGCAAAAAUAAAGGGCAUCAUGUGGAGCACUUGCUUCUGUUUCACACAUGACAAUAAAAGACUGAGCACAAGCUGGUCCUGAAUUAAUUAAUUUAAUCAGUUACAAUAAUUAAUUUUUUUACUCUGUGCUUGUGCAUUGUGGGAUUUAAAAUCUAUCCAAGUGGCUCGAGUGUUUUGACUACGUUCACCAAAAUUAGUUCAGAUCCUUUUAAUGAUUCAGUGACCAUUUCUGGUGAUGCCAGAAGGUGGUGACAAAUGAGUGUCUUGUGUGAAAUGAGUUAGUCACUGAAUCAACGAUCAAAAGAAAAUUUUAAUCCUUUAAAAUUUGUAUGUCUACAGACCUACAAAGAGACUUUAGUUGAGGUUCUAAACAUUAUAAGAACAAAGCAAAUCAAUAAUUUCCCUACAGUUUGUGAGCUGCUGAGCAUGACUUUUAUCAAAAGACAACAAUAAUAUUCUUAUAAUAAUUAUAAUGAGUUUCAAUAUCUUCUAUAUGUUUUAACGUAUAAAAAAGCAUGUCUACAUAUCUUUUCACUUGAGUAAAAUGCAUGAGUUCUAAGAACACAGCAGAUCUAUCUUUUUCCUACAGUUUCUCGACUGCACACCAACAUAGAGGUAAAAAACAGGAGCCGAUAUUAAAAAUAGCUUUACAUAUUUAACACAGAUCUAGUAGUAGAACGAAAUGCCGAUAAAUAACUCACAUUUGUGUAUUCCUCAUCUCUAGAUUAUUAAUUUAGAUCAACAUCAAUGCCGAUAAAAAAACAUGGAUAAAUGAGCAUUGUUGAAAGCUACUUUGUAGAAAUGAACAGAGCCGCUUUGGUUAGACUGUCUGAUUGACGGCCUUUUACAUAUGGGUUGUUUCGGCUCAUGAAACUCUCCUGUGAUUGGCUGGAUGGUCACUCAAUCAGCCCAAAGUAACAAAACACAAAGAAUACUGUAUACAAAUCCACCAUUUGAACUCUGUAUGGAUUUGGACUCAGUAUGGGUUUAGCUUGGAAAAGUGCGGGGGACAAAAAUCACCUUUUUAAAGAGUGUGAGGAACGUGUCCCACAUGUCCCCCGUAGCUGCUAUGCCCUUGAACGUCACCAUUUCUAAUCAUUCAGUUUGCGCAGUUACACCAGUUUCACUAACCUGCAAACUCAUCAAGGUCUCUUUGUUCAUUCUUGAAGAAGUAGCAAAACUUCUGUAAAUUUGGACUACCAUAUCCUGUGCCAUUUCAGCUCGUCAUGUGUGUGUGUGUGUGUGUGUGUGUGUUUGUGUGUGCACUUCAGUAAAUGUUAUAUCACCCUCUCAUCUGGUCUCCCAAUGCUAUUAUGCCAGACUGUUAAACAGAAGGCCAAUUGAGUGAAUUGGAAAGCACACAAAUUAGGCUUCUAAUUUAAAUGUCGGCUAAUUUUAAUAUAUUGAUGCCUCAAAAAUAUAUUGAUAAAAUAACGUGCCAAUCAAUAAUUGAAAUAUCGCUAUUUUAUGACAUCACUAGAUGUGUGUAGUUCUCUUUAUGUAUAUAUUUGAUUUCAGCUGAAUCAUUUUUCCAAGUUCAAUAACUUAACACAAGUUCAGCCAACAAAGUCUUGGAUAAUUGGAGCUGGCUCAACAAGAUCAAUCCAAGGCAGUUAUUCUAACACUACAUUUUAAAUUAUGAUAACAAAAAGGCAAAAUAAUUUUUUACAGUGUAGAAUGAGAAUGUCCCUGCCCCUAAUGCUCCCUUCCUCGAUAGAAAUGAGCAAAGCGUGAUUCAACUGAAGCUGUUGGCUGUUUUAAAAAAGCAGCCUUUUGAUAUGUUCCGCCCCAGCUUUCUGUUUCAGGAGGAAAUACGUCAACACAGGAAAGGAAACUGUGCUAGUUAAGCAAUUUCAUAGGAACUUUAACAGCUGUGGGUGUAAAAAAUAAAUCCUGUUAUAACAUUACUGUAUCGUUUUCCAAAUCAAAACUUCACCUCUCAAAAAGGCCACUUGCUCUCAUCAUUGGUAUCUCAGACUGACCCUAUCACAUCCCAUAAUAACAGCUCUUCCCUACGCUGUGCCCUCCCACCAUUCAUCUGAAGACAAUGCAGAGAUUGCUUAACAUUUCUUUAGCCUUAACAAUAACAGAUGGAUCCGAGUUUUGUCCCCUUGUCAAUGUAAUGACAGGGACCCAUACGCAGUGUGCAAUUAAGCAUUUAAACAGUCAAGACUGCUAUUAAAGGCUUAAAAAUAAGCCAGCAAGCAAAUGGAGAAAAACAUCUGGCGUUUUGGUUCGUUUGGGGUUGACAUCAGUAGUGGCUCAGUUGUGAGGGGUGGAAAUAAUGUUUGUUUUAUUUCUUUCCUUACAUCCAAAAUGUAUUUUUAAAUGUGUAUUACACAACUUGUUGCUUCCCCCACUUGCACUACCUUUUCGACAGCGGCAACCACUGUUUCCUGUUUUUGCAUAUGUUCUACAGUAGUUUCAGCAGAGGCACAAACCACAUGAGGAUACGGUAAAUCACUGGGUCUCUGUAGCAGCAGAGACUGAAUGUAAAACUGGCAAAGAGUUUGUAAAAUAAGCAUAUGAACAUAAUUAUUCAUGUAUAAUUUGUGCUUAUUUUAUUUGUGUUACACAUGGAAUACACAGACAGAGGACAAAAGGGGUCUUGAAACAUGUUAUGAGGCAGAAUGCUUACGUAAAACAUUUUUAAGUGUGGUAUAUUCUCAGUUUAGUAUUUUAUAGCGCUUUGUGUAUGUACUUGGACAAGGAAUCUGAUUUUUUAUUUAUUUAUUAUUGUUAUUUUUUGUGUGGAAUAAAAGCAAAUCAAAAUUUGAGUAUUGUUUUUAACUUUACAUUGUUAUCUGCAGGCCUACCUACCUUCACAAAUGUAGUGACCUUAAAUAUAACAAACAUGACCUCAUUUAUGUUCAUUCACUACUGACUGAGGUUUUAACUGUUAAGUAUACAGAAAACUUUUGUGAAUAUGACAGAACUAGAAACUCUGUUUGUUUCUUUGUAUAAUGUAUACAUACAUAAAGUAGCAAUUACCCAAACCGAUCUGGAUUCUAUCAGACAAAUAUAGGAACUUUCUCCAUUUAUUAUCUAUUCUUUUUUAUAUGUUAUUGUAAUGACAUUUUCUGAAUAUCCUUGAAAAUAAUUCCUCUGUCCAUUCCAGUCGGUUUUAUUUAA